AUGGCCAACCAAGCUGUCUGGAUCAAAGGGAAGCACGCCUGCCUUGAGGUUGAUGAAGCCGAGAUGCCAACACCCGGCGACGGCGAGGCCUUGGUGAGGGUUGAUGUGGUUGCUUUGAGCCCCCUUGAAUCGAAGCUGCAAAAAGUUGUUUAA